GUCUUAUUAUUCAUUCAAUUAAAAUGACUACUUUUAAUUAAGUUAGUAAUCAAUUGAUUAAUCAAUUUCCUUGAAAUUCGUCGUAGUAUUAAUUAAAACAGGCCUUCCUCCUUCUUCUCCACUCCAUCUAUUCCUCUAUUUUCUUCUCAUUUCUUAUUCUCUCCUCAAUCUAUUAUCUCAAGCUCACAAAUCCAUCUAUCAAAAAAGAAAAAAAUGGCGCUCUCAAAAGCUGCAUCUGAAUCCGAUGCUUCAAUUCACUCUACUUUUGCUUCAAGAUAUGUCCGCGUAUGUCUUCCCAGGUUUAAGAUGCCAGAAAAUUCGAUACCAAAGGAAGCAGCGUACCAAAUAAUAAACGAUGAAUUAAUGUUGGAUGGAAAUCCAAGGUUGAAUUUGGCUUCGUUUGUAACAACAUGGAUGGAGCCCGAAUGUGAUAAGCUUAUGAUGGAUGCCAUCAACAAAAAUUAUGUUGACAUGGAUGAAUACCCUGUCACCACUGAGCUCCAGAAUAGGUGCGUUAACAUGAUAGCAAACUUAUUUAAUGCGCCACUAAAAGACUCAGAGGUGGCUGUUGGAGUUGGAACUGUGGGCUCCUCAGAAGCUAUCAUGCUUGCUGGUUUGGCUUUCAAAAGAAGGUGGCAAAACAAAAGGCGGGCUGCCGGCCUACCCAUUGACAAGCCCAACAUCGUUACUGGUGCCAACGUUCAGGUAUGUUGGGAGAAAUUUGCAAGAUAUUUCGAGGUGGAGUUGAAGGAAGUCAAGCUAAGCGACGGAUACUAUGUCAUGGACCCUGAGAAGGCUGUGGAAAUGGUUGAUGAGAACACUAUCUGUGUCGCGGCCAUCCUUGGAUCAACUCUCAAUGGAGAAUUCGAAGAUGUUAAGCUCUUGAACGACCUCCUCGAGGCCAAGAACAAAGAAACAGGAUGGGAUACUCCAAUUCAUGUGGAUGCAGCAAGUGGUGGAUUCAUCGCGCCAUUUAUAUACCCUGAGUUGGAGUGGGACUUUCGAUUGCCAUUGGUGAAGAGUAUCAAUGUAAGUGGUCACAAGUACGGACUUGUGUAUGCCGGUGUUGGUUGGGUUAUUUGGAGGAGCAAGGAGGACUUGCCUGAAGAACUCAUCUUUCAUAUUAACUACCUUGGUGCUGAUCAACCCACUUUCACUCUCAAUUUUUCUAAAGGAUCAAGUCAAAUUAUUGCGCAAUACUAUCAAUUGAUUCGUUUGGGAUUUGAGGGAUACAAGAAUAUCAUGGAAAACUGCCAAGAAAACGCGGUGAUCUUGAAGAAUGGAAUUGAAAAAACUGGCCGCUUCAACAUCAUAUCGAAGGAUAUAGGAGUUCCAUUAGUGGCAUUCUCUUUAAAAGACAAUAGUAUCCACAAUGAGUUCGAGAUCUCAGACAUGCUUCGUAGGUUCGGGUGGAUUGUACCAGCUUACACCAUGCCCCCAGACGCGCAACAUGUGACAGUGUUGCGUGUUGUCAUCCGAGAGGACUUCUCUCGCACCCUUGCAGACCGACUUGUUGCUGACAUCCAAAAGGUGCUCAGCGAGCUUGAUGCCCAACCUGCUCGCGCUAGUGCUAAGCUAAAUGCUGCGAACUCAGAGGAUGGUACUCAACAAAUGACUAGGAAGAAGAGUGCCUUGGAAAUGCAAAUGGAGGUUUGCAGUGUUUGGAAGAAAUUCGUCGAUGAAAGGAAGUUGAAGACCAAUGGUGUUUGCUAGAUAAAUCCACCAAGUAACCAACUAUGGAGUAUCCCAAGCGUGAUUUUGCUCUUAUUUUAUUUUUCGAGGUUUAGUUAAAUUUGUGUAUGAUCAUGAAUUUCUCUUAUCUUAGAGAAAUAGACCAUGAUAUAAGUUAGUUUAUUUAUUUUCAUUGGACUUACAAUAUGAUUAUGAGGAAGGUAUAGUAAUACUUGUAUUGAAUGUUUAACAUUCUAAUGUUCUGACUGAAACAAUUUGCCACUGAUAAAUAAUAUUGAAGAUUUUGUGUUAAA